CUCUGAUUGUUUUUAACGUACGACUAUUAAAUAUUCUCAUUUUAAAUAUUCCUAGGGGCUGCUUGGUUUGCCAUGUCCCCACGGGUCCAGUUACCCGUAACUCGUAAAAUUUAAAGCUUUAAAAUGAGAUUCACAAUUGUAUUGCCAAGACGUGGCCCUAGAGCUUGCUCUUCAAGUUUUGGCAGUACAGUUGUCAUUGUUUCCAGUCAAGUGCAAAAGAGGUUAUUCCUGUUUAUUUAGUGUAAUAGCUGUUUACAGUUAAAACUUUAAAGACUCAUAAAAGUAGGUCUGCUGUGUUUUAAAGUUCUCAUCAUUCUUGUGAGAGACACAACACCAACACCAGGAAAGGCAACAGAUUGCUUCUGUCAUAUCGCUUUGCUGUUUUGGAGUGUGCUUAAAGGAUUAUGAUUGAUAAGGCUGUCUUGCCAGAGAAUGUUGACACAGGUGAUAAGUAUGAUGCUUCCAUGAUACAUUUGGAUGUUGCCAGCUAAGUUCACUUUUGCACUAUGGGGUUCCUCCAGAUUUUGGCUGAAAUUUGUCAUUGUACAUCCCAGGGCCCAUUUGCAAAGUCUACAGUUCAUGAUGGAACUACUGUAUUGGCUAUUGGAAGAAGGAGAUUCUGAAGAUAGGGAGUUCUUUGUUGCUUUCAUUUGGGGGGACGUGUUCUCUGCAUGCUGUUAUUCAGCCAUCGGUCUUGACAUUUCCUGUGAUCUGUUUCAAUCUAGAUGCAAAGGACGUGGAAAAAUCAUGUUCAAGUGGUUUAAAUGUGUUUUGGAUGUUCCUAUUUGCAGACUAAAAUAUUUUACAAUUAAAAUCCUCAGUUGUCAUGCAGAGGAUGGUUAAGUUCUUCUUGAUCACCAUCUUUAUUGAAAAUGUUCAGUAUUAUAGAGUAUCACUGAAUAUUUUUUGUUUUAAUCAAGGUACAGGAAAAAUAAAAUAAAUUUUAUAUGUUGA